AUGGAUAACGAUAAUAAGGAGGCCGUUGAAGUUAAAGCUAUUUUAAUUGGUGAUGCAAAUGUCGGUAAAACAUGUAUUGCAACCAAGUACGUAAAUGGUUCAUUUACUGAUAAAAUUGAACCAACUGUUGGUGCCGCAUACUUUACAAAAGAUGUAGUUCAAAAUAAUGUAAAUAUUCAACUAAACAUAUGGGAUACAGCAGGCCAAGAGUCAUAUAGAUACCUUGUACCGAUGUAUUAUAGAAAUGCCCAAAUCGCAAUUGUAGUUUACGACGUAACAAGCGAGCAUACAUUUAAAGAUGUUAAUGGGUGGAUCGAAGACGUAAAGCGAAAUGUCGGAGAUCAAAUCAUCGUUAUUGUUUGUGCAAAUAAAGUCGACGCAGAGAAUAGAGCUGUUACUGAGUUUGAUGGACAAGAUUUCGCAAAAUUAAAUAAUUUCAUAUACGCAGAAACAUCAGCUGUCACUGGACAAGGAAUUGAUAAAUUAUUCCAAGUUUCUUUGGCAGAAUACAUGAAACAAUAUGUAGGUGGCCCAGUACAAGAAAAAGUUAACUUAAGCGGCAAAUCUGGAGACGAAAAGAAAAAGAAAGAUUGCUGUUGA